AUGGAAUAUUAUACGAAAAUAUACAUCGCAAUUCUCGUGUUAUUUUACACGGGAGUGCAAAGAAUACAUUCCGCAAAAAGCGAAGAUAUCGACAUAAAGGAAACUUCGAAUCCAGCAGAGAUUGAAUCAAAUCCAUUAGCAACACUAAUAUUGGAUCGAAAUGAAAUGGAAGCUGUCAACCACAGAAGACACACCGAGCCUCUGUCGAGAGUAAAACGACAAUUCGGAUAUGACCCCUAUUAUUAUAAUAGGCGAAAUCGUCCACUCCCUAUUUUGAUUGGGGGCGGUUUUGGCAUUGGUGUUGGAGGCUGGGGCAAUGGCAGGGGAUUUGGUGGAAGAGGAUUUGGUGGAAGAGGAUUUGGCGGGAGAGGUAUUGGUGGACGAGGUAUCGGCGGUAGAGGUUUUGGUGGUCGAGGAAUUGGCGGUCGAGGCGUGGGUGGUGGUGGACGUGGUGGUAGAGGAUAA